UAUGAUUGGUGCCUCAGCGGAUCUGAUCAAGGGUCGAGUAUAAAGUGGUAGCGUCCCGGAGCGCGGCUUGACUCCGUGUGGUGAUGUUAACUGUGGUGAUCGUGGCGGCCCUAGCGGCUGUCACAACGGCGAACAGUGCUAGUGACACCUAUCCUCCUCAGGUGAUAACAAGGUCGAGGAUCAGCCAGCAGUGUGCAGGUUAUUGUAAAGAUAGCAGUAAGUUUAGUCUACGACCUGAUUCGACAUAUGUGUACAGCUAUGAAGGAACAACAACAUCAGGUGUACAUGGUGCAAGUAAUGAAACAUCAAUUAUCAAGGUCACAGCUAAGGCUCAUAUACAGGUGACAGCGAGUCCAUGCGAGCUGAUACUUCAGAUUCAUGAAGCCAGUUUACUGGAUUCCGGAAUGACGGAACUGCAAAGUGCCGACCGACAAAGGGAGUUCGCCAAGGUACUAGAGGCCAAUCCCCUGAGGUUUAGUUAUCAGGAUGGGCGGGUGGAGCAGUUGUGUCCUGCUGCAGAGGAAGCAGUGUGGGCUCUCAACCUCAAGCGAGGCCUUUUGUCUGCCUUCCAGAAUUCCAUGGCUGACUUGUCCAGGGAUGCUCAUCUGUAUGAGAGAGACGUGAGUGGGUCAUGUGAAACAACAUACUCUGUGAAGUCAUCGAUGUGGAGUGAUAUAAAGGUCCUAAAGAAUAAAGAUCUCCAGUCCUGCUCUGGAAGGGGCCAUCAGACCCUGGGGCUUCUGAGCACCUUCUCCACCAAGGCCAAGUCUGUUCCGAUAAUUAAAAGUGAGCAAUUCUGUGAGCAGACCAUCAAGUCAGAUGAUGGCACGUAUUUGAGCAACUCUUGGUGUCAAGAGACACACAUAUUCGCUCCGUUCUCCAAUGGCCAAUCGGGAAUCAGAACAACUGCGGAGCUCUCACUGUCACUUGACAAUAUUGUACAGUCAACUGAACCUAUUCUCACUGACCUGUUUGUAAACAAGCGGACAGACCUGCAAAUUUGA